AGAGGGAGGGAACUGGAAGUCAAAUAGGAGAGCAGGAGGUUGAUCUAAUGAAGGCAGCCAGAAGCAGUGAAAUGUCUCUGAAAGAAAGUUAAAUCUCAAGAAGAAAGAAAGAGGGGAAAAUUUACAACUUAUGGGUUCAGGAUUAGAAGUUUAAAUAACAUACCUUCCUGUUAAACUUGAUUUAGUUCUAAUUAGUAGCCUUUUCCCCUUAAGGUAACUUAACGCAUGAUCUGAAGAGUUUUAUUUCCUCUGAGAAGACACACAACUGCAAACAUCAGCCAUGGCGCCUUCUCUCGUUCAGGCCUACAGGCGGCGCUGGUGGAUGGCCGUAACAGCUGUGAUCGAAAACCUUCUUUGUUCGGCCGUGCUGUUAGGCUGGGGCUCCCUGCUCAUCAUGCUGAAGAGGGAGGGCUUCUACUCUCACUUGUGCUCGGGAAACGACUCAGUGGUCGUGCAUAUGGGUAAUGCCACUGAUGGACAUGCAGCAGACUGGCUGAUCUGCGUGGAACAGGAGGAGAUGCUGAAUCUUGGAUUCACCAUUGGCUCCUUCCUGCUCAGUGCCACAACCCUUCCUUUAGGCAUCCUAAUGGACAAGUUUGGCCCACGUCCCAUUCGGCUGGCUGGCAGUUCCUUGUUUGGUCUGUCCUGCAUCAUCAUGGCUGCUUCUGCAUACAACCCUAAUGUGCUCUCAGGGCUCAUCUUCUUAGCUCUCUCGCUGAAUGGCUUUGGAGGCAUCUGCCUGACCUUCACCUCCAUCACGCUUCCCAACAUGUUUGGUUCUCUGAGCUCCACCAUCAUGUCACUGAUGAUUGGCUCCUACGCUUCCUCUGCUGUCACCUUCCCCGGCGUCAAGCUGAUCUAUGAUGAAGGCGUAGAUUUCCAUAUAAUCAUGUGGAUGUGGGCGGGACUUGCCGGCCUUGUGUUUUUUAACUGCUUUUUUAACUGGCCCUCAGAGGGUUUCCCAACCCCAGAUGAGGUCGACUACAGUAAGAUCCUGUCAAUGCCAGAGGUUCCUUCAUCUGAGCAAACAGCUGUAGGGGAGAGACUGAGCCAGAAAAAUGGAGAUAUUCAACACUCCAAAGAGAAGCUUCCAAAUGGACCCGAUGCUGCAACAAACACUGUUCCUUUCCGACGCUCCGUCUUCUCCCCCAUCUUCCUCUGGAGCUUGAUCACCAUGGGGAUGACUCAGCUGAGGAUCAUCUUCUUCAUGGGAGCAAUGAAUAAGAUGCUGGAGUUCAUGGUCACCCGUGGGGGACAACACCCACCUGAUGAUGUUGUACGCGAGGCAGAAGAAACUGUGAGUUUCUACUCAUCCAUCUUCGGCACGCUGCAGCUGCUGUGCCUGGUGACGUGUCCUCUGAUUGGUUAUAUCAUGGACUGGAAGAUGAAGGAGUGUCAGGAGGAAACGUGUCCCUUGACAGGCAUAGUCCAGAGCCCCAGAAGAGACCGUAAGAUCCAGAAGGUAACCAACGCCAUGAGAGCGUUCACAUUCACAAACCUCCUGCUGAUCUUCUUUGGAAUCUGUAACCUCAUAGAUAACCUGCCCUUACAGAUCUUAACGUUCAUCCUCCACACUAUGGUCCGAGGAUUCAUCCACUCCUGUUGUGGCGGCCUCUAUGCUGCAGUGUAAGACCCACAUGUCCUUGGGCAUGGAAAGUUUGACAGGAUUCCUAUCUAAACCACAGUGGCAUAUUUGAUCUUUGUUCAGUAAAAGUCACAGCAGUAUUAACCAUGCAGUAUUUAAGUCCAAGCAGACCCUUUUCUGACUCAUUUGGAGUUAUUUUCUAACACCAAAUAAACACCAGAGUAAAAUAGAGCUUUACAAUGUGAUA